AUGUCAUUCGAUUUAAAAAAUGCUGGAGCGACAUAUCAAAGGGCAAUGCAAAAAAUAUUUGAUGAUAUGCUCCAUAGGAAUGUGGAGUGCUACGUUGAUGACCUUGUGGUGAAAUCAAAGAAGCGAGAGCAUCAUAUUCAAGACCUUCGAAAAGUUUUUCAACGCCUUCGGAGAUACCAACUGAAGAUGAAUCCUUUGAAGUGCGUAUUCGGAGUCACUUCUGGCAAGUUUCUCAGUUUCAUCGUUCAUCAGCGGGGAAUAGAGGUCGAUCGAUCUAAAAUUGAUGCCAUUGUGAACAUGCCUGAACCGCGAAAUAUUCAUGAAUUGAAGAGCCUUCAAGGAAAAUUGACAUAUAUCCGGAGGAAAAUCAUUGAUUCUCUAUAUUUCCGCUCAAGAACGGUCGGUUGGGCCUUACUUGCUCAAGAAAACAAUGAAGGUAAGGAGAAUGCACGGUAUUACUUGAGCUGGAUGAUGACAUCUAAUGAGUUGAACUACUCACCCAUCGAGAAGUUGUGUUUUGCACUUAUAUUUGUCAUUCAGAAGUUGAAACAUUAUUUUCAAGCACACACUAUUCGACUCAUAUCUAAGUCUAAUCCCAUCAAAUAUGUCAUGGCAAAACCUGUACUGUCUGAUCAACUCGCGAGAUGGUACCUCCAGUUUCAACAGUUUGAAAUUAUUUAUGUACCUGCGAAGGCUGUCAAAGGACAAAUAUUGGCGGACUUUUUAGCCGAUCAUCCCAUACCUGCCGAGUGGGAGUUGACUGAUGAACUCCCCGAUGAGGAAGUGUUUAUGAUCGAAUCCCCAUGGUCGAUGUAUUUCGAUGGAGCCGCGCACCGUGACGGAGUUGGUGCAGGAGUUAUAUUUUAUACUACUGAAUCAGAUAUGUUGCCAUACUCUUUCACUUUAACACGUCGGUAUUCAAACAAUGUGGCCGAAUAUCAGGCAUUAAUUCUCGGUCUUGAAACGGCUGUUGACAUGAAACAAUUGCAUCUUAGAGUCUAUGGUGAUUCAAAAUUAGUGGUAAAUCAACUUCUUGAUAUUUAUGAUGUCAAGAAACCUGAAUUGAUCCCUUAUUUUAAGUAUGCAAGGCAACUCAUGGGAUAUUUAGAUAAUGUCACUAUAGAACAUAUCCCUAGAAAUUUUAACCAACAAACUGACUCUUUGGCAAUGGUGGCGUCCAUGAUCACUCUACCUCCUCAUCGAAAUCAAAUUUCAAUAUGUCAAAAUUGGGUCAUACCUCCAAUGUUUGAUGAACAGGAUGGUGGUGAGGAAGAAAAUGCUUAUCAUAUUUUUGUCCAUGAGAUCGAAAAGGAGGAUUGGCGUCACCUCAUCAUUAAUUACCUUAAUCAUGGAAAGUUAUCAGAAGAUCCUAAGAAAAGGGUCGAUAUACGUCGUCGAGCGCCACGUUUCAUUUACUACAAAUGGACGCUUUACCGAAGAUCAUUCAAUGGGGUGUUUCUACGAUGUUUUGGAGAAGAUGAGACCAUGCAAGCAAUGGAGGAGGCUCACUCUGGGAUAUGUGGUGCUCACCAAUUUGGCCCGAAAUUACACUUUCGUAUUAAAAGAAUGGGAUACUACUGGCCAACGAUGUGUCAAAUACCUUCGCUAAGAAUUGCAAUUCAAGAGGGGCUCAACGAAGAAGAUAAUGUUCGUCUUCGCCUUGAGGAGUUAGAAGCGCUCGACGAAAAGAGAUUGGAAGCUCAGCAACGGAUUGAGUGCUAUCAGGCUCGCCUUUCAAAGGCAUUCAAUAAGCACGUUCGACCCCGCUCUUUUCAAAUUGGAGAGUUAGUGCUCGUCGUUCGGAGACCAAUCAUUCUCACUCAUGACGGACAAAGAAAGUUUACUCUUAAAUGGGAUGGUUCAUAUUUCGUUCGAGAAGUAUAUACAAAUGGCUCAUACAAGUUGGUUGCUGAAGAUGGAUUAAGGGUUGGCCCCAUCAAUGGCAAUACCUAA